AACAUUAUACAUUGGUGACGUUUGUUUCCGCUCUGUGUGUGUCCAGUGUCCACUAUAAGUUAACACACACUCUCAUUUGCUCACAAAUCCUCUGUGUCUGUGUCUGUGUUUCGAUUCACCAAAUAUUGUUCUCUUUCAACCACUCUCUCUCUCUCUCUCUGUUUCAUCCUUCUGCUAUAAUACAUUACCCUGUGAUUCUUCUUCUGUCCAUUUCGAUAAAACAAGAUGGGAGAUGUGGCUAAGGACCUUACUGCUGGGACUAUUGGAGGGGCAGCACAGCUGAUAGUCGGACACCCAUUUGACACCAUAAAGGUCAAGCUCCAAAGCCAGCCGACACCACUUCCUGGCCAAGUUCCGAAAUAUUCUGGUGCAAUUGAUGCUGUCAAGAAGACAAUAGCAGCUGAAGGUCCAGGCGGCUUAUACAAAGGUAUGGGAGCCCCGCUUGCUACAGUAGCUGCCUUCAAUGCUGUCUUGUUUACAGUUAGAGGCCAAAUGGAAACAUUGUUGAAGUCACAUCCUGGUGAUGUCCUUACAAUAAAUCAGCAGGUCGUUUGUGGAGCGGCAGCUGGACUUUCUGUUUCCUUUCUAGCUUGCCCUACUGAACUUAUCAAAUGCAGAUUACAAGCACAAAGUGCACUAGCUGGUUCAGGAACAGCAACAUUGGCAGUGAAAUAUGGCGGUCCAAUGGAUGUGGCCAGGCAUGUUCUCAGGUCAGAAGGUGGCGUAAAAGGUCUUUUCAAGGGCUUGGUUCCCACUAUGGCGCGUGAAAUACCUGGAAAUGCUGCAAUGUUUGGUGUAUAUGAAGCAACUAAGCAAUUAAUUGCCGGAGGCACCGAUACGUCUAAACUUGGUAGAGGUUCUCUGAUGGCUGCCGGAGGCUUGGCUGGUGCUUCUUUUUGGUUAAUGGUUUAUCCGACCGAUGUUGUUAAGAGUGUGCUUCAAGUUGAUGAUUACAAAAAUCCAAAGUUUUCUGGUUCAAUUGAUGCUUUCAGAAGGAUAAAAGCUACCGAGGGAGUUAAAGGCCUGUAUAAAGGUUUUGGUCCUGCAAUGUUCAGAAGUGUUCCUGCCAAUGCAGCAUGCUUCUUGGCGUAUGAGAUGACGAGAUCAGCUUUGGGAUGAUUAAUUUAUAAGAAAGACAGAUAUCAUUGAGUACCAUGAGUGCUCAUUUUCAUUUUUAGAUUUAUUUUAAAUUUUCAAAUCCUACAACAUUAUUAUUUCACGCAUUUGCAAUAUUGCCACAAUGGCUCACAUCUAUUGUUACUUCAAGGAAUCAUUCUUUUACCAGUGGUAAUAUACAAGCAACCUUUUUUUAUUUGAA